AUGACCCACGAAGUGGACACACUCCACGGUGAGGUGAGAGUUCCACCGCUCACGCCUAUUUCCCAGGCCUCUGUCUCCAAGCCGGGGCCUCUGGACACCUGCCCCCCACACCCCCAAGGAGUCCUUUAUACUAAGAGCUCCUCCAACACCAAGCCGGGCCAAGACUUGCCUGGAAAUACCAGUAGCGGGCCCAGGACUGUCCAGCAGCUAGUUCGGGAACAGUUCCUCACCUUCUGGCCCAAGCCAAACCUCCUUGUACCAGCCCAGAGAGAAAACGAGACCAUGGAUGUUGUGACGGCUGUGGACCUGGAGCGUCAGAGCACAGCACAACCGCAUCCCUUGGUGCAGUUUGUGCCUAGAGAAGAAACGCACUGCAAGCUGGACGACGUGUCUUGGUGUUUGAACACUGAGCCUGAUCAAGUGUUGGUGUUUGAGGAUCUGCAUGUAUUUCAUUCCCAAGAAGAAUGUGUUACUUUAGAUCCUGUUCAGCAGCCCACUUCAGAAAAGGAAGAAGACCUUGUGGGAGAGAUGAUGUUAUUAGUCGAUGACAGUAACGAUGAGGGCGAACAGCUUCAGAAGAAAUCUGUAGAGAAAGAUGAAAAGUCAGCAAGAUGUGACGAAGUCGAUGGCUCUGUGGUAUCUGAGAAACUGGGAAAUUUUCACGGAGAAGAAAAGCAAAAUACAUCUCUUCCAAAGAAAAGGAAAUUGAGAAAUCUUUUAGAUGCUGUUGAAAAUGAUAUUCCACUAGAAGAACUCCCAAAAUGUGUGAAUAUCAAUAUUACGGCACUUACUCCAAAUCUGAGAACAAGAAAAUGGUAUACUUGUUCACUAUGCAAGAAACAGUUUGACAAAAGUUCUUACCUUAUUUCUCAUCAGAGGAUUCACACUGGAGUAAAACCUUAUGACUGUAGUCACUGUGGGAAAAGUUUCAGUCAUAAAACAAACCUCAGUAAGCAUGAGCGAAUCCAUACAGAAGAGGAAGUUCAUGCAAGUUCUCAGUAUAAGAAAAAAAAACGUCAACAGGCUCAUUCAAGUCACUGUGAAGGAGCCUAUGUAAAGGAGAAGCUAGAAUAUAGAAGAAAUAACCCAUCUGUAGAGCUGUGA